AUGCCACACCCCGCGGAGCAUGGGACCCUAGAGUUCAAAAGUUUGGUAGACGAGGAACAAUUAAAGAGCACUAUUAAGACAGAGGUGCGCAUUUUUACGGACGGGAGCAAGAUUGAGGGCCGGGUCGGCGCAGCGUUAUCCAUUUGGAAUGGCGAAGCCGAAACCAGGGCCCUCAAACUUGCUCUCUCAUCCCACUGCACCGUCUACCAGGCUGAACUUUUGGCCCUAUGCAAAGCGGCCAGUGAGGUUCUCAGGCGAGGCGAGACCACGUUUGGCAUCUUCAGCGACAGCAGAUCCGCACUCCUGACGGUCAUUAACUGUCAUGCCCUCCAUCCCCUGGCGGUAGAGGCCAGAGGCGCCAUUCGGCAAGGCAUGGCCCAGGGUAAGGAAAUAUCCUUAUUCUGGGUCAAGGCCCACGCGGGGUUGGCGGGCAAUGAGCGAGCUGACCAGCUCGCCAAGGAGGCGGCUCUGGGGCUGAAGAAAGCACCGGACUACGGUUUGUGCCCUGUUUAA